AUGGAUUUGCUUCAUAAUUUAUUGAACACUAUGCUCCUUCCUUUAACUCUCACUGUGUUAUUUCUCUUCACGCCUCCAUUUCUUUUUCUCAAGUUUCUUUGGUCCUUAAAAAGAUCCAUAUACUUUGACAACGCGACUGACAAAGUCAUACUGAUUACAGGAGCAUCUUCAGGAAUUGGCGAGCAUGUUGCUUACGAGUACGCAAAGAGAGGUGCUCGUUUAGCCCUUGUUGCAAGAAGAGAGGACUGUCUUCGAGUAGUCGCAAAUAAAGCCUGCAAGCUAGGAUCACCAGAGGUUAUUGUGCUACGCGCCAAUGUUUCCAAAGUUGAAGAAUGUAAGAGAUUUGUUGAUGAGGCAGUGAGCCACUUUGGACAAUUGGACCAUUUGGUGAAUAACGCUGGAAUACUACAUCUACGCUUGUUUGAAGAUUUCUCCCAAUUAUCUGAUAUUGCUUCAAUUAUGGAUAUAAAUUUCUGGGGUUCAGUGUAUAGCACCCAUUAUGCAGUUCCCCACCUAAGAAAAAGCAAAGGGAAGAUUGUUGUAAUUGCUUCAACUGAAGCAUGGUUAAGUACUCCAAGAUUUAGCUUCUACAAUGCAAGCAAGGCAGCCCUGAUAUCCUUUUUUGAGACAUUGAGGACUGAAUUAGGACAAGAUAUUGGAAUUACAAUUGUGAAUCCUGGAGUGAUUGAGUCAGAAAUGACACGAAGCGAUUAUCUAUCAGAGGGAGGCUUUAGAAAAAACAACAAAACAGAAGGGUGUGCCAAGGCAAUUUUGGAUAGCACUUGUAAUGGAGACAUGUACUUGACUGAACCAUCUUGGAUGAAGGUAGGAUUUUGGGUCAAAACCUUGUGUCCUGAAGUAUUCGAAUGA